CACAAGCGGACUCGUGGCGACCUCGCACUGGAUGCGCCCGGUGACGGCGGCGGCGGCGGCGGCGGCUGUUGCUAAGGGAGGGGACGCGCCGGGGAAGCGCGCGCGGCCCGAGCGGCGGACAGACCGACGGACGGGCGGGCGGGCUGACGAGCAGGCUCCGAGUCGGACCCUCCCCCGCGCCUCGCCGCUUGACCCCGCACCCCCGGAAGGGGCCCCCGAUCCCCCGAAGCGACCUCGGAGCGCCCCUCGGAUUCUGGAUUCCUGAUCCGCCUUUCCACUCACUCUCGGGACCUUCCGCCUCCCGCCGAGGAGCCCCCGCAACUCCGUGUCGCACCCGGCUAGGGUCCCCCCCAACGCCUCCCGAGGACCGCGUUUUCGGGGAGCCCCGCCGUUUGGACCCCAGCAAAGCACCCCAGAGCGCGCGGGCCCGGGGAUGGAGCCGCAGCCCGGCGGCGCCCGGAGCUGCCGGCAGCGCGGGGCCCCCGGCGGCGGCGUUGGCGGCGCGCCCCCCUGCGAACUGGGGCCGGCGGUGGAAGGGGCGCCCAUCAGCCUGGCCAUCCACAGCACGACGGGCACCCGCUACGAGCUGUCGGUGCCCCCCGACGAGACGGUGGAGGGGCUGCGCAAGCGGCUGUCCCAGCGCCUCAAAGUGCCCAAGGAGCGCCUGGCCCUGCUGCACAAAGACACCCGGCUGAGCUCGGGGACGCUGCAGGAGUUCGGCGUGGGGGAUGGGAGCAAGCUGACACUCGUGCCCACCGUGGAGGCGGGCCUCAUGUCUCAGGCCUCCAGGCCGGAGCAGUCGGUGAUGCAGGCGCUGGAAAGUCUCACCGAGACCCAGCCCCCAGCAGCGCCCAGGCCGGGCUGGGCUGGCGGAGGCGGCUUCCGGAAAUACCGAUUCCUUUUAUUUAAGCGUCCGUGGCGCCGUCAGGGAGCCCAGAGCCCAGAGAGGGGCGGCGAGAGGCCCCAGGUCAGUGACUUCCUGUCAGGCCGCUCGCCGCUGACCCUGGCCCUGCGCGUGGGGGACCACAUGAUGUUUGUGCAGCUCCAGCUGGCGGCCCAGCACGCCCCCCUGCAACACCGCCAUGUCCUGGCUGCUGCUGCUGCGGCCGCCGCCCGCGGGGACCCUGGCGUGACGGCCACCCCCGUGUCCUCCUGCCGGCCUGUGGCCAGCGCCGCCCGCGUCCCCCCGGUGCCCACCAGUCCCACCUCUGCGUCCCCCUCGCCUGUCACAGCUGGUACCUUCCGAUCCCACUCAGCCCCGACCACCUGCCCCGAGCAGAUGGAGUGUUCGCCUCCCGCCAGCUCCGGUAUUGGUCCCACCGUCACCCCGGGGAGUAGCGCGGCCCCCCGCUCCCGUAAACCUGGUGCAGUCAUUGAAAGCUUCGUCAACCACGCCCCAGGGGUCUUCUCAGGAACAUUCUCCGGCACUCUGCACCCCAACUGCCAGGACAGCAGUGGGCGGCCCCGGCGGGACAUCGGUACCAUCCUGCAAAUCCUCAAUGACCUACUGAGUGCCACUCGGCAUUACCAGGGCAUGCCCCCCUCCCUGACCCAGCUCCGCUGCCACGCGCAGUGUGCGCCUGCCUCGCCCACCCCGGACCUCACCCCCAAAUCUACCUCCUGCGAGAAGCUGGCCGCCACCCCGGCCUCACUGAGCCAAGUCCGCAUGUGCAAGCCCCCCGGGGACCGGCUACGGCAGACAGAAAACCGAGCCACACGCUGCAAAGUGGAGCGACUGCAGUUGCUGCUCCAGCAGAAGCGCCUGCGCAGGAAGGCCCGGCGGGAUGCCCGCGGCCCCUACCACUGGCCCCCCAGCCGCAAAGCGGGGCGCAGUGACAGCAGCACCAGCGGUGCCGGUGCCAGCCCCACCGAAGCAGCCAGCCUGGGCCUCGACUUCGAGGACUCGGUGUGGAAGCCAGAAGUGAACCCCGACAUCAAGUCUGAAUUCGUGGUGGCCUAGGAAUGAACCGCAGCCCCCUGCCUUGACCCAGGGCGGAGGGAAGGGGACUCCCCUUCCUGGCCAGCCGCCAGUGGGGUCCUGAGGGGGUUGUUUUGUUUUUUUAAUUUCAAUUCUCACCAUGAUUUUUCUCUGGACUCUAUUUCUCUCAAGUUCACCCCUGCCUCCUUCCUCAGCUCAGUGGCCCCUUUCUUCCUGGCCCCUCCACAGACACCCCAUUUCUCACCCCUCACCCCUUUCUGUCUGUCCAGCCCCUCACACCCUCCUUCGAGCCACUGUCCCCCCAACUUCCCCAGCUCCCGAUAAUGUAGCAGACUUUCCCAGGUGGAAGUGAGCUGGAGACACAGCCUUGUCGUUCCCCCCUGCACCCCCACUUCCCACCCUCUAAGUCAAAUGAAAAUCCUCAUUAUGCACUUUACAGAUGAGGGGGACUGCGGAGAGAAGGGCGCAGCUGGGGUGCCCUCUCCAGUCUGUCCCAUUUGCCCCCCAUGCCCUCGCCACUGCUCCCCACUUUUUGUCUUUCUUUGCUCCCCACCAACACCCAAUUUUUUUUUCCUCCUGGAACAACCAAGCCGAUUCAGGGGAGAGGCCUAUCCAGGCCCGCCUUGGGGUUCAGGUGGGGGUUUUAGGGGAGGGUACAGGCCCUCCCCGCUGCCACCACCCACCAUGGGCCACCACGCACUGUGUGAUUUCCGCCACCACCCACCCCCACCCCCUUUUUUUUCUGAGCUUGGGGUAUUUAUAGACUUCAUUUCUGACUGAGCCAAUAGUUGGUUGGGAACCCUUGAAAAGUCAGGAGAGGCAUGGCUGUGUGGCAUGGGGGGGUCAAGAGAGGACUCCCCCACCUCAGCUCCUCAUCCCUUCCCGGCCAGAGGGAGCUGGGAGUGGACUCAUGUUUGGGGGGACCCUCUGGUAGCCGGACUGGGGAGGGGGGUGCUGAGCUGUGAAUUCCCCCAGCAGGGGCUAGCUGUGUAGCAUUAAUCCCCUGGGGGGGACAUCGCUGCUGGUCUAAUUGACCUUCCCCACCCGAGCCCAGCCCCCCCCCCAAGGUGGGGGUGGUCUGGAACUAGAUCCCUGCCUCCCCCACUCCCACGGGGCCAUUCCAUAGGGUAGUGUUUUUCAUUCACUUUUUUUUUUACUGAUAAUGGAGAUGUUGGGGUCCUGCCCUCCACACCUGUCAAGUCUCGUCCUGACCCUCCCUGUCUCCCCUCCUGUCUCAUUCUCCUUCGCGGCGUACCCUGCCUGCC